AUGGGUGCCAUCUUUCUGCUGCUCUUGGCAUCUUCCCUGCACGCCGGCAGCCUGCUUGGCGGAAGAGCCUUCCCAAAGAGAGAAGGGCGGAGGGUUUCGGCAUGCGUGCGAUGUUGCACACCUGCUGAGGACCCGGGCUCCAUCACCACUUCCCGAUAUGCCCGGAUGACCAGCGACUCCACCUACUCCAUGCCCAAGGUCCAGCCGACCAUUGAUAUCACGAUCCUGAAAGGUGAAAAAGGCGAAAUGGGGGAUAGUGGAAUGUCUGGCCCCGAAGGCAAAGUGGGUCAACCCGGCCUACGUGGUUAUCAAGGCCGGAAAGGCCAAAAAGGCCAUGCCGGCCUUCCGGGCGACUCCUGCAAGCAACAUUACGUCGCCUUUUCCAUUGGCCGAAGCAAACCUCUCCACAGCAACGACUACUACCAGCACGUCACUUUCGACACGGAGUUCGUCAACCUCCACAAGCACUUCAACAUGUUUACAGGCAAGUUCUUCUGCUAUGUUCCGGGGAUCUACUUCUUCAACCUCAACGUCCACACCUGGAACUACAAGGAGACCUACCUCCACAUCAUGAAGAACGAAAGCGAAGUCGCCAUCCUCUACUCUCAGCCCAGCGAGCGGAGCAUCAUGCAAAGCCAAAGCCUCAUGCUCGACCUGCAGGAGGGGGACGAGGUCUGGGUGCGGAUGUUCAAGCGGGAGAGGGAGAACGCCAUCUACAGUGAGGAGUCGGACCUUUACAUCACGUUCAAUGGCCAUUUAAUUAAGCCGGCCGUAGAAUGAACGGCUCCCAGAUGAGGCGGCAGUAGGAGAGG